AUAAUUUCUACAGGAUCUUUUCAUGCGCAGCACCCAUGCAUGUUCAUGGAUCAGUAUGUUUCAAAAGUAAACAGGAUUUUGGAUAAACGACAUAUCUGUUCAUGAUUGGUACUGGUUUUAAGCAUUUCCUUUACUGAGAGGCCAACAUUUUCUUUUUGCCUCAACAUGGCGUUACUGCAAACAUUGCUUGUUUUGCUCGGAUUUAUGGGCCUACUGAUAGACGGGCAAUCAGUAACGAUUUGCCCGGAGGAGUGUGAAUGUGACGCGGACAGAAUGCUGGUUGAUUGCACCGAUCGCUACCUGCCACAGAUCCCCACAACGGAGAUACCGAACGGAACCAGAUCGUUGCUUCUAGACGGGAACCACAUCAGCGAGUUUGGUGACGGAGCCUCGUCUCGCUUUGCACCAUGGCUGAGAAUGCUGUCUCUGGCAGACAAUAACCUGGAGAGCUUCUCCAACACCACAUUGUCCAAGCUUUCGAGACUGAGGAAUCUGGAUCUCAGUGGGAACCUCAUCUCUGACUUACCUCAAAUGACUUUGUUCUCCUUGCGAAAGUUGACCCUUUCUCGUAACGAACUGGGGUAUCUCAAGGCGAACACCUUCUACGGACUUUCUCAUUUGAGGGAAUUGUACCUGGAUCAAUGCAGCAUCGGGUCUGUCCAGAAAGACACCUUCUCUAACUUGCCUUCGUUGGAGAAACUGUCAUUGGAGGACAACUUCCUCGAUGUUGAUCCUGUUGGGUGGUUUGUUCAAACCCCGCUACAAGAACUUCACAUGUCACAAAAUGGAAUACCGCUGGCGACUGCUGUGACACAAUGGUUCGGCAUAAACGGUACUUUGAACUUCAGGCUCCUGGCUUUAGCUAGCAAUGACAUUCAAUAUCUCCCAAAAGACGUGUUCCGUGAUUUGGACAGCCUUGAAGUUCUUGAUCUGAGAGACAACAGGCUCACUAGCAUUAGUAAAAACGACUUCUUGGGUCUGAGAGGCCUCAGAGAGCUUAGACUGGACGACAACGAUCUAACGGCCAUCCACGGAGAGAGUCUGGUUCAGACACCGGAACUCAGUGUUCUUACUCUCGAUGGAAAUCGACUGAAGAGCUUUCUACCGCAGUUAUUUAGCCCGAUUGGCCGCAUCACAAGCCUGAGUGCGGCUUUCAAUAGUCUUCAGGACAUUGCAGAUUUUAACUCUCUCCCUGCGCUCGUGUCCUUAAACCUCAUCCAUAACCGCCUCCCGAAGCUUCCCAACAUUCAAAACCUCACAUCUCUACAGAUCUUGAGUCUCAGUCAUAACCAGAUAACAAGCAUCGACGAGGAAACGUUUCAUCUCAACACCGAGCUCCAGGAAAUCUAUCUAGAUUAUAACGGCUUGGUGUUCCUUGAAUACGAGCUGUUUGAGGGGUUGCAGUCCCUGCACACGCUGACUCUAGGCGGUAACUCCUGGUGGUGCGACUGUCGGCUGGCGUGGAUGCAGGACCUCAUGUGGUCAGAUGAACAGCCUCCGUGGGCCGAAAACCUUGCAUAUGAAAUCACAUGCACGAAGCCCGAAGAGCUGAAAGACGAAUCUCUCGAAUAUGUUAGUCAAGAAGUCCUUCAGCAACAGUGUCCUGACCUCCAACUCGGAGUUGUUGUGAUCGUUCUAUUCUCUAUUUGGUUCUCCGUUUUAGGAUUUCUCACCACCCGGUUCUGGAUUCGGAAGUACAUGAACCAUCGCAAAUUCAAGAGACACUGUAGGAAGAACUGGCACUACAGUAGGCGAGUGAACCGUAGACGUAAGAUGGGAGUCAGCGAAGGGCCUUUUCACAUCCUUCCUGCUGCGACAAAGUUCGCAAUGGAUCACCAUUCGAUUUGUUUUCCCUUGCAGAGGAGAGGACAUGUUUACUUGGAAAUCGAUACGUCAGACCGUCGUCUUAACAAUGUGUUCCGUGAGAAUGGUGGAUACUCGGAGACAGUUGUUUCCUCUGUUUUGCCACAUAUUCGUGCUUUGGAGACGGUUUGCAACAAACUCGAUUGUCUGUCAACGAACAGUAUAAAAAAGACGCAGAAGUAUUUGGUAGAAGCAGCUCUGGACUUAAUGCGGAAGGAACACCGUAGCAUGGAGAAAUUCUCAACAUUGCAAUUUCUGUGGUUGUGUAUCUUCUACAUUGUAAUUAUAGGACCGGCAGAAGGUCAUCUCUUCGUUUGCGUAGACACCAUUUCUCUCUGCAACUGUGACCCAACAAAACUCUCCGUGAACUGCUCGGCCCUCGGGUUUCGCGCUGUCCCCAAGGAUGACAUCUCCAAUGUGACGUCAUCGCUCAGUUUUGGCGGGAACUUUUUGACCGCCAUGCUGCGGGACACAUUUGGAAAUCUGGGUUCACUGCUGAGCCUUUCUGUGGAGAAUAACCAGAUUGCUUAUGUUGAAUCUGGGUCCUUCGAUAGAACGAGGGAACUGAAAUACUUGGACCUGUCCGGUAACAGAUUGGCUGUCGUACCUUCUGCUUUGAAUGUGCUGGCAUUGCUGAGAGUUCUUAAUCUAAGCAGCAAUGGUCUGUCUUCUGUCUCUACCGAGGAUUUCAAGAGUUUCACGCAGCUGCAUACGCUGAGACUUGAGAACAAUAACCUGUACUCCAUUCCAGAAACCACUUUUUAUCCCUUAGCCAAUCUGGAGCUUCUUUACUUGGACCACAAUUUCAUAAGCGCAGACCCCAUUGGCUGGUUCGCCAACAGCACUCGUCUGACCAAACUGCGCAUAUCUAACAAUCGGAUCCCGCUGUCCGCGAGCGUCGAGGACUGGUUUGGGGUCACGUGGCAAAUUCUUCCAUUGGAGGAGUUGGAUCUUGCCAAAAAUGCCAUCCAACAGAUCUUGGAGAGAACUUUCAGGAGCUGCGCGAAUUUGAAAGAGCUACACCUUGGCGGGAACGAGAUUGAAACCAUAGCGCCGCUCAGUUUCGCCGAUUUGACAAAGCUGGAAGAAUUAACACUCGACAGAAACCGGCUGUCCGAUAUACCCGAAGAUCUGUUUUUGUACACUGAAAACCUCCUCAGUCUCUCACUGAUGGAUAACUCACUGACUGUGCUGUCACGGAAUGUAUUCGAGGGUCUCGAACAAACAGUGAGCCUAAAUUUGGCGGGAAACGAAUUCACGAAUUUGUUUAAUUUCUCAAGCGGGGCUGACUCCCCCCUUCUCCUACCCGCAAUUAAAAACCUCUAUCUGAACUCUAACUGGUUGACCGACGUACCUGACAUCCGAAUGUUCUCCAACUUGGAAAUUCUCAAUCUGAGCGACAAUGCCAUUCGUGAGAUGGAGCCGUACGCUUUCAACGGAACCUCCUUGAGGCUUCUCUAUCUCAACGAUAAUCUGCUGACGACGAUGUCCUAUGAAAACUUCCAGUUUUUGCCUGCCCUGGAAGUCGUGACAAUCACCGGCAAUCCGUGGGUCUGUGACUGCCGAAUGUUUUGGAUCCGUGACCCGGAGGGUGAAGAUCUGGCUUGGAGGAGCGCCCUCUAUGAGGACGUGUUCUGCAUAGCGCCUGAUGUUGCCAAGAACCUCAACUUGCACUCGCUGUAUAUUCUUGACGGUAAGGAACGAGGGAACAGCGGUCCGUUCUCCCCGUGCGAGACGGCGGACUGGCUGAGUAUCGUCAUCAUUGUCGCCAUCUGGGUUGUCAUCAUUUCGGUGGCUCUAGGCUGCUACCUGAAUCGCCUCAUUAGUUAUCGAAAGGGCUAUGUCAGUCGCAGGAUGAAAGCCAAAGUCGUCAAGAAGGUACCGCAGGCACGGCAAGCGUCUCCAGCUCCAGAAGCGCCCUCGUCGGCUGCAUGCUUGAACGAGGGCGCCACCUUCGAGGAUUUGGACAAAAGCACCACCACUGACACGACGUAUGUGUUGACGAGCGCAAGAGGUCAUGACGACGAUGAAAUCGAAACGCCGGAGCAAGGGCAGUCGCAGAUCACGGAACAACCCAAGCGGAAGAAGAGUGUUGAUAAUCCAGAUUUACCAGUGACUGUAACUAGCACAGUCUGAACAUCAUAGCUAGAAUGACUAAAAGUCGUAUAUCCAUUGUUGUAGUCGUGUCCGUCAAAACACAAGUCCUCAAAAGUCGCCGAGUCGAUCACAAAUCAUCAAGCUUGUCACAUAAUGAACUGUUACAAUAGCAUUCCUUGUCAUUGUUCAUCCUCUGUAAUACUUAUGACUGGUGAAUUAACCAUUGAAUUACUCUUGCGACAUGACUCGACCACAACAUAUUUUCUAUUUUUUUUCUCAUUUGUUACUAUAGGUUUUCCUGACUAUUUAAAAAAGUUUAUCAUUCGAAUUCACCGUUUCUAAUGUUUAAAUUCGUCCAUCAACAUCGAUUCAGUGCUCCAAUGUCUAAUUUCGUCUUUUUUCAGACAAUUUCCAAUUAGGUUCAAGCGAAUUCAAACAACGAGCACACGUUUUCGUCCCGGAGUAUUUGAUUUCGUCUCGUCGAGGCCAAACCUUGUUAUUCAGAAAUCGAAUUCAUCUAAUUGAUUUAUAUAAGACGAAUUUGAUCACUGAAUUCUGCCAUUCGGCAACAGCUUAGACGAAUUUGAUCUGCUGUGACGAAUAUUCUCGACCGGUGACUAAGAGGGUGACCAGAUAUUGAAAUUGAAUGGUAAAUGACUAAACUGGUUUUGUUAAAAGCUAGUGCCAUAUUUCUCGUUCGAAAUUGAAUGUUAGAGUUGGUGAAUUUGAAUGAAAAAUGUUUAAAAUAGUCGGGAAAACCUAUAUUUCAAAAUGUGUUUGAAUUGCCAUGAAUAACUAUAUUAUUAUUAAGGGAAUUGGAUAUAGGAAAAGUAAAUGAACAUUAUACAAACAACGUUACUUUGUUAAAAAGGCGUCACCCUAUUGACUUUACUGGUAGUUUACAGGUUGGAUUGUGCCUUAGUGUGUUUCGAAUAUAAUUUUCGCAUUGGAAAUGCCUUGUAUUAAAAAUGAUACCGGUACCAUCGACAAGUUUAACUUGACAUAAAUCAGAACGCUAAUCUAAAGCAGUGAACAGCGCCCUCCAUCUAAACUCUAUCUAUAAUGCAUAUCGAUACUGAUAACGCCUCCUCGAUAUUCUGGCAAGUGUUAAUGAAUUCUUUCAAAGUCUUCUCAGAACAACAUAGGAAGGUAUCCAAUUGUAUUUAAUUGUUAAAACUAAAAAUACACGCUUCCUAUUUUUACCCAAUUUUUUUUUAACUUCUGAUGGUUUUGUGUUCAUCAAUGAGAACAUUUUGUAACAGGCAUCCAAAUUUGCAAGAACAUGUAACAUAUUAUAAUUCAAGAACAAAGACAUCACCAUCAUAUGCAUGCGUUGCUGUUAAAAAAAAAAUGGGAAUACAUAUAAUUCAAUGCAAUACUGCAUGCUUGUGCACCAAUUUUGUCAUUUAGUUGCUAUUUAAUUCAGUACGAAAUUAAUAGCAAUUUUUGUUUCCAUUUAAACUCGGAAACUAAUACAUGUAUACGACUAAUGGACACUUUGAUUACAUUUUAAUAUUAUACAAUUCGAAAAGAGAUCUAAAAAUCGCCACAAGAGCAGCAUUUGCUAAUGAACUUUUGGUUACAAUCAAGGUUUUAAUGUGAAUAAAAGCACAGGUGUUACUAAUUAAGCAACCUGAAAAGGGAACUCGCAGGAAACAUAUAUAUAUAUACAAUCGUACUGCGCUGUUAAAGCAGACCAGAAAAUAAUUGUCUUCUAGCCGUUGUUGUCUGUUUGGACCAAAUGCCAUAGUUUACAAUACUGAUUUUAUGACCCGUUUAGUUAUCUGACCCCUUUCGAGUACUAGAGCGUUUAGUUUUAGCCCGCAUUUCUGUCAUUUCUCUGGUAGUUGUUUAUCGUCGAGUUUUUCCGAGUCAUGCAUUUACGAAAUAGACCUACACGGUGUUGGAUGUGUAUUAUAGGUAUAUAAGGAGUGCGAGUUUAUAAGCUCACACCAUAGCGUGAAAGAAAGGUCCAACUAAAAUGGAGCAUCAUAUCUUUUGCAAAUAAUUUGAUAAACCUUUUAUGAGCAAAAUACUCGCUUAUCCACAAAAGCCUAUAUAAUAGGUUAUGCUAUAAAUUCGGGUCAAGUUAUUUUCCUGUCCUUGUUACAUCUGACAUUAUAAUAUUAUUUGUAUGCACUCCUUAGUGCAGCCGUUCUCUGGGAGUGAUUCUUAAUAGCAACUACCCACCUAACAAUUGUUUUAAAACCUUUGAAACAAUUCUUUGUGAGAUACUUGAAUGGCAAAAGUACCAGGGUAACAAGGACAGGAAAACUAUCGCACUUUGGACACUAAAGUUACAGCAUGACUCGUUUACCAAGACCACACGGUUUUCUAUACUUUGAACUCGCAGGUUUGGGUCCUCUUCCCCGUUAUAUUUAUGUAAUAUUGGAUGGCUUUGACGUGGAAAUAAGAAUAUAUUGCACGAGCCGUGACAAUAUUGCACGAGUCGAAGAUGAGUGCAUUUUAUUCUUGUAUCCCGAAAAAAAGUCAUUCAAUAUUAUUAUUAUUUAUAUCAGCUGACUUGAUGCGCAAGAAAUACAAUUCAAGACACUGUCUUCAUUUCUCCUUAUUCAUCAAACUAUUUUAAGCUGCAUUGACAAAUGUUGUAAUUAUUGACAACAGUGCGCGUAUACGUACACCUGCGCUCUGCAUGCUCGCUGCAUGCUCGCUGCGUGCGCGCUACGCUCUGUUGAGUGGUUGACAACUGUGGGUUUCUAGGCUCUUGAUCGUGCGGGAACCUGCGAAAAUGCCUGGAUGAGGGCGCGCUGUCUGUCAUCCGGGUACGUUUUACAAAAGCAUACAAUACGUUGAUCUAUUUUUUUACGGCUGGAAGCCUUUAUAAAUAAUCAUUCAGAAAGGAACCGACUACAACACGGAUAAUAGUAUGGACCAUUAUCAUGUUGCAGUCAUUUGAUUUUUUUUCCAUUCAAAUCAAUGUAACUAUAGCGAGAGAUGAAGGGAAAAUAGUCUCGACUGGUUCCUUUUUUGCACAAAAAUCAUUAUCAUUCAGUACUGUUAUUGGAUACAGGGAGCAUGACUACAAUGGUGGCAGCAUGAUAAAGGUCUAUUGAAUAUUCAGAAUGAUUAAUAUGCCAUGUUCACCGACGAGGGUCUUGAUUAUGUUUGUUGGUUAAGUGGUGCUUUCAAUAUAGUUGCUGGUAUGCAAUGUAUAUCCUGUCACUUGCACCGGUCCAUUACCAUUUCCAUUCCUUGCAUUGAACAAAUGCCUUAGCAGUUUUAAUGUACUGAUCAAGUGUAAAAACUGAGGAAUAUGAUCAAAUGAACCAUGCUCCAACCGUAAUAACUCUAAAAUAUAAUUCGAUUUAUUGGCAUUUGUUAAUGAAGUGUCGGGUAGCUUAAUAAAAUAUACUAGUGCGUCAUAAGGUUUCAGGUUUGGCUGUGGAAAACAGACAAGGACCUGACGAUUCCUGACUGAAUAAUUAAUUUUUGUUGAAAGAACAAUAAUAUUAUUGUUUGAAGGCAUUACGACUUGCAGGCAACAAGAAACAACUAAAAAGAGUAGGGCCUAGGCUAUGUCAAAAGAAAGUUCAUUCGAAAUUGUAUUCAUUGCAUUCAAUUGUUAUAUUAUGUCCAUGGGAGAAAAGUGCACUCUGGUAAUUUGCAUGUCUGCUGGAACGUACUCUAUUAUUAUCAUUGGGACAUUAUGGGAAAAUUCAAUUUCAACAGAUGUUUCACUGAGUGUAUGAAUAUAAAGCGUGUAUAAACACCAGGUAUAUCGAUCAAUUAGCAUAAUACGGUUUACGUUAUUUCUAUAUACUCGUGAUGCGCUACACAGUGCAACUGCCCAACUUGCCGGUGUAGCGGGAAUUUAGGCUUCUAUGAAAUACGGACUCGUUGUAGUAUUGCGCAUGCCUAAGCGAAAGUAAACAGGAGGUGACCAGUCACGUGAGAUUGUUUAACCAAUAAGAGGAAAAAAAGAGUCUGAUGUUCAUGGAGUCUGAUGUUCAUAUGACACCGAUUUAUAAUUCACUCUUUUGUCGCCGCUCGUGUCAUGUAUACACGUUCAACGGUGAAUACGGUUUUGUUUACUGUUCUUUGCAAGACAUUGAAUCACUAAAAAAAAACCGUGAAAAAGCAACCUCAACACUGAUAGACCCUUGCCAUGACAGCCAUAUUGCAGGUGCACAUGGGUACACAUUUGGUGCAUUGAAAACAAAGUGUAGUGAAUUCUGAGUGUACGGAAGGAGUGGGAUACUCGAUUUUUAAGCAAUGUGUUAGUUAUAUCCAUGGGCGUCGCCAGGAUUUUUUCUAGAGGGGGGCAAAGCAAAUGUUUUUCCACAAAAUCCCUAUUUGUUUCCAGCAUUUUCCUGAUUGAUCAUUUUGAGAGGGUGGGCAGGGAUAUUUGCCCCCUCCCCAACCCAUUAAAUUAGCAACAAUAUGAUUUCGCCCCUCUUUUUCUUUUUUUCGCUUUUGUCCCCUUUGUCCAGGGGGGCCAAGCGCCCCCUCCCUCUUGCCCCCCACCUCGCGACGCCCAUGGUUAUAACAUUUGGGACAGUCUACAAAUUUCGGCAUUAUAGACCUAUGAUAAAAAAGGUAAUGAAUGCAGCAACGUCAAGGUCUAAUAUAAUCCAAAUAUUUCGAUAACCUUUCACGAGGAAAAUGUGCAAGAGACGAUCCCUGAAGAAACCA